AUCCUGGGUUUUGCCACAACUUUGUUUUCUUAUUUUGUCGAAUCAUCAAUGGCGUCUCAUUCUGAACCACGUCUCUGGCCAAUCGGACAUCAACUUCACAUUUCUUAAUUGGGAACUUUUUGAAAACAACGUAAAUACUUAUUAGAAAGGAGAGCACGCACGACUCCCGUUGGUGACACGGACGUGAUCGCGCAUUGGAAAACUAUCUGUUUAAGUGGACAAAUAUAAAAAAAAGCGUGAUGGGAGGUAAAGUGUUUUAACCUAGUUCAGUGUCGUACUACAGAACCGUUCAAGAUGUGGUCGACUCAAGACGUGUCGGAUACGAAGAAUAUGCUGGAUAAAAACAAAAAAUCGGGAUAUUGGAUUGUGGCCGUUGCCAUCAUCUUGUGCUUCGCUACAGGAAUUUUGAUUGGGCGGUAUGGAACAACCUCAGUGGCUGACUACCACAAUUUCGACGUUAGGAAUUUGGUAAUUGACGAAAUCUCUGCAGAAGAAAUCGACUCCAAUCUGAGAUAUUUAACCAGCACACCUCAUGUGGCUGGAACAGCCCAGGAUUUAUUGCAAGCCGAAUGGAUGAGAGAUCGUUUCCUGGAAGCAGGAUUGGACGAAGCUAAAACUAUUCCUUACGACGUGUUGCUCUCUUACCCGCGUGUUGGAGUGAUGAAUAAGGUGUCGCUAAUCGACGAACAAGGCAGAAUUAAUUACACAACAGCAGGUCGUCAACCGCCCCUUGGUUCACCAGAAGAAUUUUCCGAUGACAUUUUGCAUAAUUUUAAUGCUUUCUCGGCUAAUGGAGUCGUUGAGGGAAAUGUUGUCUACGUCCAUUACGGACGCAAGAAGGACUAUGAAUACUUGCUGUCAAGAGGUAUUAAUGUCUCUGGUCAUAUUGCCCUUAUCCGUCUAGGAGCGAUCUUUCGAGGAUCAAAGGUGGAUCUAGCCGAAAGAUACGGCGCUAUCGGAGUAAUUCUGUUUUCGGAUCGCCUAGAGAAGACCAGUCAGAAUCGCAAUAAUACUUAUCCUGAUAGCUGGUGGAUGCCAGGAACAGGAGCUGAAUAUGGUCACGUCGGACGCUUGAGGGGCGGAGACUUGUUGACCCCUUUCUAUCCUGCUAUAGAGAGCGCUUUCAGGAUCAAAGAAGAAAAUCAUCCCGGUUUGCCUAAGAUUCCUGUACAGGCAAUAGGUUAUGAAGAGGCUGAAGUCAUUCUCCGAAACAUUUCACCGGAAAACAGCGCUCCUACUAAAUGGAUUGGCAAAAUGGAUGCGCCGUAUUCUCUUGGUCCCAGUCUGCGCAAUCCUGGUUGGAGAGUAAGGCUGGAUGUCAGCACAGUCAACGAAAGGAGGACUACGUUCAACACAAUCGGCAUUUUACGAGGAUCAGUCGAAGAUGAUCGGUAUGUUCUUUUGGGAAAUCAUCGAGAUGCCUGGACUUUUGGGGCCCUGGAUCCGUCUAGUGGCACUGCUUCUAUGAUUGAGAUUGCCCGAGUAUUCGGAAAAAUGAAACGCGACCAAAAUUGGCGACCUAGGCGAACAAUUGUCUUUUGCAGCUGGGGCGCUCAUGAAUACGGACUUGUAGGGUCCUACGAAUGGACCCAACAACAUGCAACCGUUCUGGGCCAACGAGCCGUAGCGUAUCUUAAUGUAGAUACCGCCGUCAGUGGCAAUCGUACUCUUUUUGGCAACGCUUUCCCUACUCUGAAACAGCUCCUAAUCGACACGGCCAAGCUUAUACCUAAUCCGAGUGUGCAUGAAAUAGAAUCCGGCCAUAAAACGGUCUUUGAUACCUGGCUGGCCCAAUCUCGAGAUCGGGAUAAUGUUGACCAACCAAUGGUGGGGCAUCUAGGUGGCGGAAGCGACUUUGAAGGAUUCUCCUAUGUCAUUGGCAUUCCCGCAGCAGAUUUUGGUUACAUGAAAAAUGGAGUUUAUCCAACGCAAUAUUCUCUGUAUGAUAGUUACCAUUUGGCAAGUAAUAUUGUCGAUCGCGGAUUUGUUCAUCACCAAGCUGUUGCACGAAUGUGGGCUGUGGCGGCUGUUACUCUUUCAGAUUCUGUCAUCCUUCCGUUAGACAUUCUAGCUUACGCAUCCUAUCUGAAUCAUUCACUAAGUUUGCUUCAUACGAAAUAUGGACCGAUACUACAACAGAACGGUGUUUCACUAAAACAUGUGCGAGUGUCGGUUGAUCAUUUCAUGUUCUCCGUAAAGCAUUUCAGCGAAAAUGAGCUUAAGAACGUCGAUCAAUCUAACAUUUUUGCCGUGCGACGAGUUAAUGAUAAACUCAUGUAUUUGGAACGUUUCUUCAUUGACUCCAAAGGACUUCCGGAUCAUCCUGAAACUAAUCACGUCAUAUUUUCGACAAGCAGCAGCGACUCCCACAACUUUAACACAUUUGCUGGGUUGGUUGAUCUUAUCGUUCAGGUGGAAAAUAAGACAGAAUCAAACGAUCCAGAGAUAUGGAGCAAAAUUCGCCACCAUCUUUCUGUUAUUGCAUUUUUAAUUGGUGAGGCAGGCCGAUCACUCAACGGAGAUUUUUAGAUUAUGAUCUUAUGAUCCUGCAGGAUUAAGCACAAAUGCACAAUACAAAAUUAGUCUGACGAAAUUGUAUUACAUAUUCCUUUUUAACUUUAUAUCCCAAUGAAUAAACAGUAAAGAAAUA